AUGACCGAUAAAACACAAAGGAAACACAAGACUAUUGACCUGACGGAGGACGAUGUCGGGGCCAGCACUUCGAAAAAGAGGCCACGAGCAGAAAUUUCAACGAGCGGCAGCCGUGUCCAUCAGCUUUGCGAGGAAGGACAAAAAGCAAUCAUGGAAGGGGUAAAGGCGGUCAAUGCGAUGCCGUCGGGGAAAUCGCGCGAUCUGUACGCAACGCACCCGUCGUUUAUCAAAAUCAUGAACUCACAUGCCGCCAACCUGAUGGGUAUAAUAUCGGACGUGCUCAAAAUGCAGGGAGUCAAAGGAAACAUAGAGCUCCGCGAUCCAGAGGAACAGUUGGAAAUGAUUCAAGAUUUUAACGACAACAUGCUGGAGCGAAUACACAGUAACCUGGAUGAAAUGACCGGGAUCAAGAAAAAAAUUCCGACAGAGCUGGUGCAGAAGGAGAUACAGGUAGCACCGGAGCCCCGCUAUCGGCUAAGCGGGGCGUGGAACGAACAGGGCAAAGCCUCGCCGAUAAAAGCCACGCUCAUCACGGGCACGAACAUUGCACGGCCGCAGGUGAACUUCAAAACUCCGAUCGAUAAUUCGGCGAACAAUCCGUUUGUGCCGCGCAUUCGUGACAAACCCAACUCCGUGAAACCGUUGGCCGUGUUGCCGGAGUACGAUGAGGCCGGUAAUAUCGUUAAUUACCUACAUCCGUACGAGUUUGAGCUUGAUCGCUUCCAACCGUCCAAGAACGUGUUUGAACCCGUUGCACCCCAGGAACCAGCAGCGCUUGCCGUAACCGAGUUGGUGUUCAUCGAUCGUGAUUCCCAGCUGGAAUCGUUACUGCGCGAUCUGAAGGCAGUCGAGCUGAUAGCGAUCGAUCUCGAGCAUCAUUCGUACCGUACUUUUCAAGGGUUCACGUGUUUGAUGCAGCUCUCAACGCGCACAAAAGACUACAUCAUCGACACGCUUGCGUUGCGCGACGAUCUGCACGUGCUGAACGAAGUGUUUACCGAUCACCGCAAGCUGAAAGUGUUGCACGGGUCUAUCAACGAUAUCGAGUGGCUGCAGCGCGAUCUAGGGCUGUACAUCGUGAAUAUGUUUGACACGGCGGAAGCGGCCCGUGUAUUGCAGUUCUCACGCCUUAGUCUACAGUUUCUGUUGAAGCACUACUGCAAUACCGAUACCGACAAAACGUUGCAGCUGGCCGACUGGCGAAUGCGGCCCCUGCCGGAGAGUUUCGUCGAAUACGCGAGGAAGGAUACGCACUAUCUGCUGUACAUUUAUGAUCGCAUGAAGAACGAUCUGCUCGAGAAAGGGGGCGAAAGUUUGUUGCAAACGGUGUACGAUAAAUCGACUUUCCUCUGCAAACAACGUUACCAAAAGCCGGUUGUCAACGAGGAAACGAUCAUGAACAUCUAUCGUCGAUCGCGCUACGUCUUUGAUCAUCGACAGAAGCACGCGUUCCGAGAGAUUAUUUAUUGGCGCGAUAAGAUCGCCCGUGAAGAGGACGAAUCGCCAGGCUAUGUUUUACCGCAGCACAUGGCGCUCGACAUUGCGUCCAAAUUGCCGCGGGAAAUGCAAGGAAUUAUUGCAUGCUGUACGCCUGUUCCUUCCCUGGUCCGUCAGAAUCUUCACGCGCUGCAUCAGAUCAUGCAGCGGGCACGGGAGUUGCCGAAAGAGAGUCAGAAGCAAUCGGUGGCCGUCGAGCAACGUGCCGACGAUCGCCAUAGAAUACAGACGAUGUAUGACAUCAACAAUCCGCUCGUCUGUCCCCACGACGACGUGGGACGGCUGGCCUACGCUACGGAGGGAUCCAAUCUUCCCACGCUGCUGGGAGAUUUAUCGAGCGGCUUCAAUCGAAAUGCCUCCGUUGGGUCGGGACCGGUGAAUGCGUGUUCGAUGAAGCACGCACCUGACGUAGGGGUAUUCGAAAGUGUCAAGACGGCAAUCGAUUAUUGCAAUAAUGGAGGACAUGUAUUGUAACAUGUACAUGAUUUUUUACAGCCAACAGAUCACGCCGGUUUGCGGGAGAAAGAAAACCUCAGCUAUGAGCAAAAGAAAUUCAAUACACCGUACGAGCGGUAUCUGGAAACCUGCCGCCUGCGUGGCCUGAAGGAACGCAAAGAGGCGGAGGAAUAUCGGAAAAAGUUCCAACCUCCCAAGGUUGAACCUGACAUUGCUCCUGUGGCGGAAUCAUCACUUAGUAGUCAGAUGAUAAACAACGACAAGAAGAAUGGCAAAUGCGCGGAACUAUCAAACGAGGAAAUACACCGAAAGGUUCCGCCAGCAGCCGCUCUAACGCUGAAACAACUGAAGCACCGUGAGGAGGCAAAGGAACGGGCCGCCGCCACUCUAACGACCAAACAAAUGAAACGCCAAGAAGAAGCAAAAGUACGCAACGCGAUAGAAUCCGGCGAAAAGCUUUGCUUCAACGGUGCAACCGUCGUCUCCCCUGCGGGAAGCGGUAAAUCAGCCAGAAAGUCGUUCCCACUGGAAAUAGAUGUGAGCGGCACAUCCGCGGAGCUGAACGAAGACACAAUAGACAGUGGACGCGAUGUGAAAGUACCGCACAUGGAACCGUACAAAGAUCCUUUCAAAACUCCCAAAGAGGACGACGCACGGAACAAAGAUUGGAAUUCGGAAAAGAAGAAAAACCGGAAAUCCAAACAACGCGCUUUGCGUGCCGCUAGAGGAGGAUUGAACACGGGAGCAGAACGGCAAACCUCCAACAAGCCGGUGCCGUUCGAUUACGACAAUGUCGAUUUCAGCCGCUUCAAGGGAGGCUCCAGACCGUACGCUCCGGCAGGCAAGGGAAAACGUGGUUCUGGUAUGGGUUUUGGUCUUGUCGAUCCAACUCCCGGCGGUACUAGCGAGGGGGGUUCCGGUCUACCGCGCCAACUGCAUCCCAACAGCCGAUUAGCGAAGGGAAUCAAGAAAACCCAAAAGCUGUUCAACCUGAGCAGCACCACCAAUAUGAAACGUAAAUAGUAAUCUUUCGCCCGCGAAG